CUCGGAGAAGAUAAACAAAAAAGAAGGAAGCUUCAGGCGUACUAUCGCGGCAAAAUAGCCACAGUUAGCAACUACAUAUGUCCUUUUAUUGAACCUAUAAUUAUUUUUAGGCGUUCGCAAUCAUGGACGAGGCAAUAAUAUUUCGUAUGAGUGCAUUUUCCGAGCAAGGAGGGAGGAAAUACAUGGAGGAUAUUCUCGAGAUAAGAAUCGAGUACGAGCCGACACCGUCGACAGUCGAAGAUUAUCCAAAGUCGCAGAUACAUGGAGGACAGGGAAAAGCAGAGAGUGAAACUAUCAUACAGACUGAACAUGUAACACACGAUCAUAACGUUACUGGCAAAUCUGGCCCAGCUUAUGCGGUGUGGCUAGAAAAUAUAUCAAACAACAGUGCACCGGUAUCACACCAAAUAGACGCUCGGAAGUCAGUGGCGUUUUUCGCUGUUUUUGAUGGUCACGGGGGUCGAGAAGCGGCACAUUUUGCAAGGGAAAACCUCUGGUGUUUGUUGAAAAGGCAGCGGGGGUUUUGGUCGAAAGAUCAUAGUGAAGUGUGUGCUGCUCUUCGGAAAGGGUUCAUCGCCUGUCACCAUGCAAUGUGGAAAGAGCUGCCGGAGUGGCCAAAGACUAUUACCGGCCUGCCCAGUACAUCAGGCACUACAGCCAGUGUGAUUGUGAUCCGCGGAGUUCACAUGUAUGUUGCCCAUGUAGGGGAUUCAGCAGUAGUGGUUGGAGUGAAAGAAAAUGACUCUGAUAUCACACUCCAGGCACUUGAAGUAACACAAGACCAUAAACCUGAACUUCCUAAAGAAAAAGAAAGGAUUGAGCGACUAGGUGGCAGCAUCAUGAAGAAAUCUGGAGUGAAUCGUGUUGUGUGGAAGAGGCCCAGAUUAACCCAUAACGGCCCUGUGAGGAGGAGUACAGUCAUUGACCAGAUCCCUUUCCUGGCUGUGGCCCGAUCCCUUGGCGAUCUCUGGAGCUAUGAUUUCUACAGUGGGGAAUUUGUGGUUUCUCCAGAGCCUGACACUACUGUGAUGACCCUCGACCCCAAACGACAUCGUUACAUCAUCCUCGGCAGUGAUGGACUGUGGAAUAUGAUGCCAUCCAAGAAUGCAGUUAAUAUGUGUUACAGCCAUGACAAAAUGGUGGGACCAAAAGGAAUGUCUUGUGCCCGCCGGCUGGGAUGCACUGCCCUGCUGUUUUGGAAAGAGCGCAUGCUCCGUGCAGACAACACAACAGUUAUUGUCUUGGCUCUGCAGGAGCGCGGAGGCCCACCUAUCCCUAUGCAUCGAGAUGAGAUUAUCAUUGAUAUGGCUGCAGGAAUCAAUCAUGUGCCAUACCCAGGAACUUCUUAUAACACCUGUGAGGUCCAAAGGGCGGAUCAUGAGGAUGGCAUGUUUUAUGAAGAAGAUGAGAUAUAUGGAGAAGAACAUGAGGGAUGGACAUGCCUGGAGUGGUAGUGAGGUGACUGCUCAGUUAUAAAAAUGUGUCAGCAUGGCCAGAAAAUGAACUACUGUGUCUAUUGGCUGAUCAACCAGGCUUGUCUUAUUGUUGGAAUGUUGGCAUUAUUAGCUAUAAUAGUAGUAGUAAGGUGCCCAGUAUGUACCAAAGGCAUUCAUCAAAGUGAGAUAACCAAUUCAAAAACAGAAUGCCUUUGUUAAAGAUUAUCAUCAUGAGUGUGCAACCCUGAACUUUCUCCUUGCUUAAUAAUGGAAAGGCUAAAGGCAAGAUGAGAAGGGAGACAGUGAAAAAGCUGGCUUGCUUUUUGCUGAAGCAGCUCUAACUUUGAAAGAUACCAUCUGGAUGCUAGAUAUAUACUUUCCAUGGCCAUUUUUGGGGGGGAGCACAACUCUGUUGUAGCUGUUGGAACCACACAGAAGUACUCGGUUCACUCUGAUUAUUCAGGGGUGUUACAGAGUCAUGCCCCUUUACCUCAUAAAUGAUCUUUGGCUAACAGUAGACAGCAUGUUGUCUGUUUGUCCACCAGCUGCAGCAAGGUCAGAAAUCCCACAACAGCCACAGCAGUUGCUGAAAAGUAAUUAUCUACCCAGUGAACGAUAUCCAAAUAGACGGAUAUUCGGGUCCAGCCUUAAUAGACAAUAGACAAGACAGAGAGCGUUGAGACUGUCUACCUUUGCAGUUAUCCACCUUUAGCAUUUUUUUUUUAAUGAACAUCAUACAUCUCUAUUUCCUACCAGGACUCUGUUCAAUUCACAGUAUCACCUGUGCUUGCAGCACACCUAAAACCCACCGUAGAACCAUUUGAACAUACAGUAUCUUAAUCCGCUAUUGUUUAUUUUUAUUAGUUUAGUCUGUCCAUUUGUAACAGCUUUCAUCUAUGUCUCAUUUUUAGUUUUAAAUUGUUGAAUGGCAAAGUUUGUUUUGUCUUUACCCUGGACAGGAAAAGCAAACAGAAUUUUUAUUAAUUUACAUAUACUGUAAAUAAAUGUGUUAUCAGCACUUACAAUUUAGAAUUGGAUGAGUGAUAAGAAAUAAAUUUUCUUGUCUGAUUUUCUUUAUUUCAGCAGAGUGAUGCGGUGAAUGCUCCCUCCCCAUUCAAAGAGAGUUUCACAUCUCUGGAGCAGGCUAUAGGGCUAUAUGAAGCAGCGUUCU